UGAGUGUGGGCCUAGUUAAGCGUAAGGCUGUGAUUUCGAAACGGGACUUUUCUUACAAACUUAUCUAUCGUUUGUUCGGUAUGGAAGCCAGAAUAUUGUAUUAACUUGAAUUUUUGUACGUUGAGCGUAUAUCUGAACACCGGAUAAUCCUUUUUUCUUAUUUUUUUAAAAAAUACGUUUCUAAAUUGACUGGAAACUGGAAACUUUCGUUUGAAGAGAAUCUGCUGUUCCCUUUCUUACUGUGUGUCGAUGUCUUUCGCCUAUCAAACAACCAUAAAAUGUUAUAACAGUUUUUAAGUUUGAUAUUUUCUUUGAUUAAAAAUUAACCAGUCAUGAAAGAUCACCAUUUUAUUUCUAUAAACUUGAAAACGUCUCCCGUUUCCCUCCUGCCCACAUCAGAAAGAUUCGCUACUGUUAGAUGCGAGACGCGCAUGCGCGAGCCAAUAUGGCGUCCUAGUGAAAUCUAACGGUGUUUUGUGUGUGCUGGCGAAACAAGCCUGGAGUAUAAGAGCCGUCUGUUGUUUUGUGUUGUGGGUCAGGACCGUGGGGGCAGCAAGAUGAUCAUUUGGCUCCUCAGGUGAAGACAAAUGUGCGAAUGCAGUUUAAAAAGAGAUUCACUCUUAUCUCCAUGUUCGGAUUCCUGACCGUUGUUGGCUAUUUGAUCUACACCCGUUUUCAUGCCUUCACGACGAACGGAUCCAGUCUUAAGUAUCGCUCGGUCACCACCGACAGUACAAACAGAAAAAAACCUCAUGAGCAUGGGGAUGCCUUCGGCCCUCGAUCCUACCUCGCGGAGGAUGUGUUCUCAGACGACACACACACAGAUCCUGAGAACCGCUCCCAGUUGGAGACCCGCCAGGAUUGGAAAAAGUGUCGGAUGGAGACCUGCUUUGAUUUCAGCAGGUGUAAAAACGGUUUCAAAAUAUACCUGUACCCUCGCCAGGCAUCAGUGUCAGCCCCAUACGCAAAGAUCCUCAGCGUCAUAGAAAAGUCUCGAUAUCUCACAGCCAAUCCACACGAGGCUUGUAUAUUUGUUCCGUCGAUCGACACUCUCGACCAAGACGUACUCAGCAGAGACUACGUCCCAGAUGUCGACAAAAAAUUACAGAACCUUCCGUUUUGGAACGGUGGCCGAAACCACUUACUCUUCAACCAGUAUUCCGGUACUUGGCCGAAUUAUUCAGAGGAGCUCAAAUUCAUCGAGCAGGCCAUGCUUGUGAAGUCCAGCAUGUCUAUAGACUGGAUAAGGUAUGGAUUCGAUGUAUCCAUGCCUCUUUUUCCCAAAGACCAUCCGCAGUCUGGCGGUGAUUUAGGAUAUUUAAACAACGCUUCCAACUCAAUUCCGUCACUCCGGCAUUAUUUACUCGCCUUUAAAGGGAAGAGAUAUUUGAACGGUAUAGGUUCGGAUACGAGGAAUAGCUUGUACCAUUUACACAAUGGCAAGGAUAUUGUUUUAUUGACUACGUGUAAGCACGGGAAAGGUUGGGAGAAAUUAAUGGAUGAAAGGUGUUUACAGGAUAAUGAUGAAUACGAAAAAUACGAUUACAAAAAACUUUUGUAUAAUUCAACGUUUUGUCUGGUACCAAGGGGCAGACGUCUUGGUUCUUUCAGGUUUUUAGAAAGUUUGCAAGCGACUUGUAUACCUGUGCUGUUGAGUAACGGAUACGAACUUCCGUUUUCGGAGGUCAUUGACUGGAACAGCGCUGUCGUGUGGGCGGACGAGAGGCUGUUGCUACAGGUGCCUGUGAUCGUCCACUCCAUUAAACAAAGUAAAAUCCUGGCCAUGAGACAGCAGUGCCAGCUCAUAUGGGAAGCUUACUUUUCUUCUGUUGAUAAAAUCAUCAAUACCGUUAUAGAGGUUGUGAAAAACCGAAUUCAUCGACAUCUAGUUCGUCCAUCUUAUCACUGGAACACAGUCCCAGGCGCCCAUUUUGUUCUGCCAGAGUGGUCAGAUAUUCCCAACAACUAUCCAUUUUAUUAUGGUCCAGCUGGCGACACGCCCAGCGACAAGUUCACGGCAGUUGUUUAUGCGACGUCGCCAGUGACGACAGCGUCGCCAUCUUUGUUUAGAGUGCUGAGGGUGGUCUCAAAGUCCCAGUUCUGUCACAAGGUGAUUGUCUUGUGGCACUGUGACGUGGCGCCUCCCCCCUCCCACAAGUGGCCGACAGAUUUGGGUAUACCUGUCAGGGUGAAAACCAGGGACAUCAAGUCAAUCAAUGCCAGGUUUUACCCUUAUAAGGAGAUAGAAACUGACGCUGUGUUUAACCUGGACGAGGAUGUUUUGCUGACCACUGAUGAGAUUGACUUUGCGUUUGGGGUGUGGAAAGAAUUCCCUGACAGAAUAGUUGGCUACCCAUCCAGGACACACUACUGGGACGAGUCGUACGGCAAGUGGAGGUAUAGCUCACGCUGGACCAAUGAGUACAGCAUGGUGCUCACAUCUGCUGCUGUCUACCACAGGUACUACAACUACCUGUACACCAAUCAGCUGAGUCCCAUGCUGCUAGCCAAGGUGGAGGAGUGCAACAACUGUGAGGACAUCUUGAUGAACUUCCUGGUCUCUCACGCAACACGCCAGUCCGCCAUCAAGGUGACCCAACGCAAGCAGUACAAAGAGUCUCAAAUGUCCAGCAAGUCUCAGCAAAUUGACCAACUCCGCUUCCAGCAACGCCAGGACUGUUUUACAGAAUUUGUUGAACAUUUUGGUUACCUGCCCCUGCUUCACUCGGUGGUCAGGCUGGACACCAUGCUGUUCAAGGACCCUGUGUCCAACAUGAGGAAAAAAUACAGACAGAUAGAGAUGGUACAGUCCUGACACUAUCUGCCUAGUGUGUGAAUGAUAUGACAGAUAGAGAUGGUACAGUCCUGACACUAUCUGCCUAGUGUGUGAAUGGUAAGACAGAUAGAGAUGGUACAGUCCUGACACUAUCUGCCUAGUGUGUGAAUGAUAGGACAGAUAGAGAUGGUACAGUCCUGACACUAUCUGCCUAGUGUGUGAAUGGUAAGACAGAUAGAGAUGGUACAGUCCUGACAUUAUCUGCCUAGUGUGUGAAUGAUAAAAUAGAUAGAGAUGGUACAGUCCUGACACUAUCUGCCUAGUGUGUGAAUGGUGAGACAGAUAGAGAUGGUACAGUCCUGACACUAUCUGCCUAGUGUGUGAAUGAUAGGACAGAUAGAGAUGGUACAGUCCUGACACUAUCUGCCUAGUGUGUGAAUGAUAAAAUAGAUAGAGAUGGUGGUUCUGUUUAUGUGUGAAUGCCAAGAAAGGGAUGCAACUCUAAUGGUAGAUAAAGUAAGCAAGUGUGAGAGGGACAACUGAAAAAAUAACACUGUAAAUAUUGUAUGGAACAAUUCAAUUGGAGAAACAUUUGCUGAUCUCUUGGAUCUAAUUUAUUGUUACGUAAAAAAAAAAAAUUGUUUGAUAAAAAUUAUCAUAUUUAAUUUUUGGUGUAAGAGGCGAUGUGUUUUAUUUAUUUAAGAAAAGAUUAUUUUAAAAAAUAAUUCUGUAGCUUAAUUUACAUGCAGUUCAUGUAAUGUGCAACUUGUUUGUUGUUGAUACGAUUAAAAAUUUAUGAUUAAAAAUAGUUUGAUAACUACCAAAAAUGUGAAAAAAAUUAUGCAUCUUUUACUAUAACUACAUUAAAAACUAAAAUCUAAGAACUGGUCAAGUACCCAAGUUAUUGUCUGAUAGUUUAACAUCAUGCUAAUCUACUGACCAUGUUAAAGAAAUAAUUUACAAGAAAAAAUUUAAAAAAAAAAACCAACUAAAACUAGGUGCAUUCUUUGUUUGAAUUUAGUCUGUAGGUAUUUGUAGGUGAUUUGUUUAUGUACCGACUUCAGUAAUCCUGAUUGCUCAAAUCAAACGGAUGCUAAUUUUUUUUUUCAUGUUGUUAAAUUGUGUGUUUUUAUCACCAAAUGACUAGUCAUUUAUUGUUUGAUAACUCAGACCUUUAAGCUGCCUUACACACACUGUCGUUUCUUUUCAUCGUCCUGUUUAAAAAAAAAUGUAUCCUUCCUAAAAUGUCCAUUAGAAGCUUAUCCUUUAAAAAAAUGUCCUAUUGCAAGCUUAUCCUUUAAUCGAUGUCCUAUUAAAAUUGUCCUCAUUGUAGUAGCUGGGACCAAAGAUUUUUUCUUUCUUUGAAGUCAUUCCUCUUUAGUGUAUGAUUGAGAACAUUUUGUCAGCAAAUUUUGAAAGUCAUUCCUGUUUAGUGUGCGCUUGGGUAGUGUGUCAGCUCCAUUUAAAUGGGUUUUUAUUUCCUGGGUGAGACAGAGAUUCUAUUGUGUACUUUUCUCAUGGCCUUGACCUUUUCACAUACAAUAAGCAUGUUAUGAUAUUUCUGGGGGUUUAAAGGUUAAUUUUAUGUGGGUAAACACUUAUUUUAUGUGGGAGUUAUAUUUUUACCUGAGUACUUCUUUCAUCUGUAUAAGCUUUAAAAAGAAUGUAUCUUAGAGCUUUUGAAAAAAAAAUAUAUUGUUGAUGGGAAAAUGUUUUUAUUUCUAUAAAAUUUCUUUACCGAUAGUUUAAAAAUGAGUCUGCAUGAAAAUGUACGAUCAUAAAUCAAUUUAACUUCGAUAAGCUGUUAAGGUUUAUAUGCAGACUCUCAAUGUAGAAAUUCUUUUGUUGAUCAAUAUAUCAAUUCUAUAUCUCUGUCCGUAUGUAUGUUUGUAUGUGUAUAUAUAUAUAUAUAUAUAUAUAUAUAUAUAUACAUACAUACAUAUAUAAUAUAGAUAGAUAUAGACCCGUCUUCUUUUUCAAAACCUAUAAGUAUUGAAAUAAAUCUAUUUGGUAGUUUUUCCUUUGGGGCAUCAUUUGCUUGUUUACCUUGUAAUGAAUAUUGUAUGUGAUUACUCUUUUCAUGUGGUCAUGUCUACUCCAGUAGGGCAC